GAGCGUGAUCGCCGACCGGAUGGAUCUGCACCUCCUCUGGGACAACGGCGGAAGGCUCUUUCUCAAGCCCGUCCCGCGCUUUCUUCUCGAUCCGACCUUUUGGCGGAGCAACUUACGGUGCCCGGAUGCCUGCACGUGCCCCGACCCUCCAGCGGAUGCGUGCCAGGGAAACCCGCGGAAAGUCGCCCUCGGCUUUCUCUACACGUACGCCUGUCUCAUUUCGUCAGAGAGCGACUUCUUCGUGGCCAACGACAGCCGCCUCUUACCUCGCAGGGCAGACGACGUAACGAUCAAGUGGGCGCACUGGAAGAAGCUGGCCAGGGAGCUCCUAGAAGCGCACGACCCAGGCCAAGUCCACCAGCGCUUCCAUCGUGCCGAGCUCCGCCUCUCCCGCGUCAACACGAUCAACCGCUUCACCCGCCUCCCACUUUUCAACCCGUACCUCCGCGGCCGGCGCAAUUACGGCAGUCUCUUCCGCGAUAACCUUACCUGGAUGGCCACAGCUGCCGUCUUUAUCGCCUUGGUGCUGACGGCGAUGCAGGUCGGCCUCGCAACGGAACGGCUCCAGGGAAACGCUGACUUCCAGCAGGCGUCGUACGGCUUCACCGUCUUUGCCAUCUUGGGACCCAUGUGCGCGUUCGGGCUGUUGGGCCUUUGGGCGUUGUUCAAUCUCGUCAAGGAUCUGCCGUGGCUCCUCGGCGAUAAGGUGGCGCAACGGCACCGCGCUACAUUGGCCUCUGCCUAGGCUCAAAAUUCGCUGCAACGGCGGCGUUGUCUGGGCGGCGUCGACGGCUGUAGCCGUCGACCCUUGUCCUCUGUUUUCUCUAUGUGCAUUAUUGCGGUGGCAGGUGCUCGGGGCUAAGCAUCCUGAUACGACCGGGAGUAUGGCCAACUUUGUGACGGCAUACGAUACGCAGGGUUGGUAUCCAGAGGCUGAGCCAAUCGAGAUCAAGGUGCUCGAGCUGCGAGGGCCUUCAGGUGGAAAAACUACCUUCGAUGCCAGACGAGAAGGGAACACCUGCCCACGCUAUCUUCCUCAUGCGCCACCUUUUUCCCGCCGUACUCACGCGACGUCGCGACAUUAUGUAUGAUAGCGGGAUCACGCGUAGCCCUGGCCCCAACCACCCUACCUUCCCGGUCCCUCGACGCCCCAGAGUCUCUGCCGACUGUCUCAAACUCCUCGCUUAGCAGA